AUGCCUGAUCAGCUGCGCUAUGACUCGGUGGGCUUCACGGGCAGAAACGACAUCAUCAGAACACCGAAUCUAGACCGAUUCGCGCAGAUGGGCACACGCUUCACCAACACGUUCAGCCAGGCGUCCGUCUGCUCCCAGUCGAGAUGCAGCAUAUUCACCGGCCAAUACCCGCACGUCAGCGGCCACAGGAGCCUGAACAACCUGCUCAAGCCAGACGAACCAAACCUCUUGAGAACGCUCAAAGAGCACGGCGGGUACCACAUCGGGUACCUAGGUCCGCGCGGAGACCUCUUCGCCGCCAACGCGACGGAGCAUAGCGUCGACGAAUAUGGCUACCUCGAGAACGCGACACUGCCCGAUUUUGCCUCAGCGCCAGAUUUCUCCGCCUAUGUGUCAGCGCGCAGCGACGCGCCUUCUUCGUUCAAUGCGUCGAAUCCCCCCACAGUGGCUGAUCCAGACCCAGAUCCAGACAGCAUCUGGAACCGCGUCUUCUACGGCGGUCUGCGAAACGCGACGGCGGCGCUCGACUACGACGAGAGGAUGAUCCGCGGCGCCCUGGACUGGCUCGAGUGCCCGCCCCAGCACAAGCCCUGGGUCCUCUUCCUGCCCUUGAUCUUCCCACAUCCCCCAUUUGAAGUCGAAGAGCCCUGGUUCAGCAUGUACAAUCGCAGCGCGAUCCCGCUUCCCGCGAAAGCGGAGGAGAAGACCGGCCAUGAGGCGCGCUUCGCGCAGCAGAUUCGCGACCAGUAUAAUACGUACCGGGCGACGGACGCACUGUGGCAGGAAGUCAAAGCCGUGUAUUACGGCAUGAUUUCACGCGUCGACGACCAGUUCGGGCGCAUCAUGAACAAGACGAUAGAGCGGGGGCUGUGGAACAACACAGUGACCCUGUUCUUCACCGACCACGGAGAGUUCCUGGGGGACUGGGGACUCGUGGAGAAAUGGCCGUCGGCGGUAUCCGAGAACCUGGUUCACGAGCCGCUCAUCAUUGGCGGGGCUGGACUACCGGAGGGCGUCGUGUACGAAGAGAUGGCCGAGAUGGUGGACCUGGUGCCGACGAUGCUGCAGCUCGGCUCGACGGGCGAGUUCUACGCGCACUACGGGCUGUCGCUUGUGGAUGCCAUGCACGCCGCGGGUAGAAACGAGACGCUGCCGCAUAAGCAGUAUGCGUUCACCGAAGGCGGGUUUCUGACGUCCGAGGAGCCGCUGCUGGAGCAGGGGCCGUAUCCCUAUGAUAUCAAGACCGCGCUGCAGCAUGACGAUACGGAGCUCGUGGGUAAAGCCGUGUCUAUUCGCGAUCAAGAGUUUACGUAUGUUUACCGCUUGUACGAGGCGGAUGAGCUGUAUCUGCGGGACGAUACGAGCGAGCUGCGGAAUUUGGCGGCAGAUCCGGCAUUUGCGGGCGUGCGGCAGCGGAUGCGAGAUGUGGUGAUGAGGUGGAUGGUAGAGACUGCUGAUACACUGCCGUGGUAUCAGGAUGUGCGGGUGCCGCAGGUGCGGCUGCAGAGCCCGAAGGAGCAGUUCGAGGAGAGGGUCCCCGAGUCGCCUGUAUACACUACCUUCCUAGCCCCUCUUGGGAGAUCCCAUGUCCUUCCCGGAUGGAAUCCCUUGAGCUCGGAAAUAGUUGGCAAAUGUCUCCUCCGCCUUCACGUCGGAGUGCGGAUCAAAACAUACGGACAUGUAUUUAGCGCUUCGUGCCUGAAAACCCCGGUCGACGAGAAAGACAACUGUCCUACUGCCGUAGGGCCUUAG